AUUAAAUUAAUAAUCAGGUAACCGUUAUUAAUGAGGACAAAGAAUGAACAAUCUCAGCACAAAAAAACAAAAAAGGUAAAAGGAAGGGGAUGGCUGCACAUAAGGAAAGUAUGGCGCGAAGUUCGACGAUGGUUCUCUAGCUACAAAAAGCUUCAAGCUUGGGCGUUGAAUCUCGUGAAUAUUCAUUCCUUGAAAAGCAGCAAGGCCCAAAUUCAGAUACGUUUCGUCUGUCACUCUGUAUCAAGAGUGUCUGAAAUACUUGGUUAGAACAAUCUCUAAAGAUUGCAAUGACAACUUGUUUACCUGCUGGAAGUGGCAAACUGCAUUAUAGGGUGAGGGACUUCAAGGGACAAGGUUGUAGAAAGGCUUCCUGGGUUUCCAGUGUGACAUUCAGUGGAAACAUACAUAAAGAGCUUUCGUGGUCAGCUGGGGCAUCAAAGUUCUUGCAGAUCCAGAGAUGUAACUUUUCUCAAUGUCCAAUUAAUGAGAACUCAAAGUCCUUAAGAACAGUCACUGUAUCAAGCCUGAGAGAUGAUUCCACUAAGUUUUUUGAUUUUGCCGUUAUUGGUAGUGGAGUUGCUGGCCUUCGUUAUGCUCUUGAAGUGGCAAAACAUGGAUCUGUUGCCGUGAUUACCAAGGCUGAGCCUCACGAGAGCAAUACAAACUAUGCUCAAGGUGGUGUUAGUGCUGUGUUGUGCCCUUCGGAUUCUGUGGAGAGUCAUGUACAGGAUACAAUUGUAGCAGGGGCUUAUCUCUGUGACGAGGAGACUGUCAGAGUUGUCUGUACAGAAGGACCUGAAAGAAUUAGAGAAUUAAUUGCAAUGGGCGCAUCAUUCGACCAUGGGGAGGAUGGAAACUUGCACUUAGCAAGAGAGGGGGGUCAUUCUCAUCACAGAAUUGUUCAUGCUGCUGAUAUGACUGGAAGGGAGAUUGAACGGGCUCUGUUGGAGGCAGUUCUUAAGGAUCAUAAUAUCUUCAUGUUCGAACACCAUCUUGCAAUAGAUUUGCUAACUUGUCAGGAUGGUUCUGACACAGUUUGUCUUGGUGUUGACACUUUGAAUACAGAAACACAAGAGGUGAUACGAUUUAUUUCAAAGGUGACUUUACUUGCGUCAGGUGGGGCUGGGCAAAUCUAUCCGACAACUACAAAUCCUCCGGUGGCCACAGGGGAUGGAAUUGCUAUGGCUCAUAGAGCUCAAGCUGUGAUUUCCAACAUGGAGUUUGUUCAGUUCCAUCCUACAGCCUUAGCUGAUGAAGGCCUUCCUGCCAAACCUACCAAGGCUCGAGAAAAUGCAUUUCUCAUCACUGAAGCCGUCAGGGGUGAUGGAGGCAUCCUCUACAAUUUAGACAUGGAAAGGUUCAUGCCACUCUAUGAUGAACGAGCAGAACUUGCUCCCAGGGAUGUGGUGGCAAGGGGCAUAGAUGACCAGCUUAAAAAGCGUAAUGAAAAGUAUGUGCUACUUGAUAUAAGUCACAAGCCGAGGGAAAAAAUUAUGUCACACUUCCCCAACAUAGCAGCUGAGUGCCUUAAGUAUGGCUUGGACAUAACUCGUCAGCCAAUUCCAGUGGUUCCUGCUGCUCAUUAUAUGUGUGGGGGAGUCCGUGCUGGACUCCAGGGAGAGACAAAUGUACGGGGCCUGUAUGUGGCAGGUGAAGUUGCUUGCACAGGUUUGCAUGGAGCAAACCGUCUUGCUAGUAACUCAUUGCUUGAAGCUCUAGUUUUUGCACGAAGAGCAGUCCAGCCCUCAAUUGAUCACAUGAAGAGCUCUAGCCUCGACUCCAGUGCUUCAAAUUGGUGGUCCAGACCAGUUGUGCCUGUAUCACUUGAGAGCAAUGUCAUCAACAAAAUUUUGACAAUGACCAGGGAAAUAAGAAAAGAAGUGCAAUCAAUCAUGUGGAAGUAUGUUGGAAUUGUUCGGUCUACGACAAGGCUUGAAGCAGCAGAGCAAAAGAUUUGUGAUCUAGAGGCUAAAUGGGAGGAAUACUUAUUUCAGCUAGGAUGGGAACCCUCAAUGGUGGGGCUUGAGGCUUGUGAAAUGAGGAACUUUUUCUGUUGUGCAAAGCUAGUGGUGAGCAGUGCCCUUGCUAGGCAUGAGAGCCGUGGACUUCACUACACAAUUGAUUUUCCUCAUCUUGAGGAAAGUAAGAGGCUACCUACAGUAAUAUUCCCUUGUUCAUCUGUACGGACUUCGUGGAGUUCACGACAACUACACAAACAGCCAAUUUGUUAGGAAGUGCAAUUGUCAUGCAAAUAAUUUAAAAUGAUAGGGUCUCAUGAUCAUCAAUGUCUCAAGUUUUGGCCUCCAGAACCGUUUUGGUUGGGGGUUGAAGCAUCCGCAAUUUAAGCAGCUUCUGGUGAAAGCCGCAUCAGGUUGCACCUUUUUACUUUUGGUUUAUAAUUCCUUUUACCUACUAUACUUGUUUACUGAUUCUUUGUUUAAAUAAAAGAAAGAAAAUUUCAGCAGAAUUGGUGACAUUUACUUUGGCAUUAUGCCAUUGUCACAUUAUUGAUAUCAGAAGAGUGUCAAACCUAAGACACAUCGUUUGUUCACAUAUGCUGUAUAACUUAUAAGUGGGUUCUCCAUCUUCUCGACUGAAAAAGAUGGCCUGCAGUUUCAGAGAGCUCCUGAUGUUUCUUCCUUA